AUGUGAGGGACAGCUGGAGAAACAUGUGCAGGAACAACAACUUGAAUGCACAGCACUUCCAAAUUUAUUUUCUUGAAAUGGGUUUUGGGAAAGGAGGAGGAAACCUCCUUGACAAUGUCUAUUUCUACAACAAGAGGGACAGGAACACAGCAUCCAGGAUUCAGUCGUAUCAGGUGUCCAGUCUGAAGCCAGUGAAGUUUCAUGAGAAGCUUGUGAGAGUUUACUGUACAGACAUGGAUCAGAGGGUUCAGAGGAAAGCCGAGCGACACUUCCAUAAAUGGUGCACAGACAAUAGAGACACCUUCAUUGAGUUCGGCCCUGUUUUAGAUGAUGAUGACUCAGGAGAAGGAGCACAUUGAACCAUCAAUACAUGCUGAAAACAGAACAUAAGAGCCAUUUGAUAUUUUAUCUGCUCUUAAAAGCAUAUAGAUCAUGUAAGUCUAAACAAAAUAUCUAGUGCAUGUAUUUAUUUGAUUUACAUAACAUUAAGACAAUAUUAAAGUAAAGUGAAAUUGUGAAGUAGCAGCUUUCUCUCUCUCUCUCUCUCUCGCUAUAUAUCUUGGGUUUUUUAAUGGGUUUUAUCAUUUACAGUUUAUCAUCAUUACAAUGUGUGUAAUCAAAUAAUAAUAUGAAAAUAUAAUUGUAAAAGUUUUACAA